AUGAAAUUAGUCAAUAUCGCAAAUACAUUAUUAAUCAGAGGUGCUAGAAAGCAUGUUCCAUUAAUUUGUUUCCCAGAUAGACGUGGUCUUAAACAACAACCAAAACAAACUGUUGCAUCAGCUCCACCAGCUCAAUCACCAAAAUUAAACAAAAAUGCAAAUUAUAUAGAUUUUACCAAAGCACCAAAAAGAUUACCAAUGAGAAAAGACGAAAUGGAACUUGUUAUUGUAAAUAUAAUUUUGUAG